UGUACGCAUCAUCGUACUGCGCAUGCGCUCGGCGUACGACUUUGGCGCCAAAACCCGAAAGAGACCUUUGUUUGAAUGUGAUAAUUUUUUUCUACGUGUAAAUACAUCUUACCUGCCAAAAAUAAUAAAUAAAAUAGUGCUAAAAUGAUUUUAAUUUGUAAUUAAAGCUAUACUGAUUAAUGUUAUAAAUAAAAUAAAUAAAUAACAUCAUAAUAGAUAAAAUGUUCUCUCAGUUAAAGUGUACAAUUAGCAGUGAAACCAAUGGUGUUACAAAGUGCAGUAAAUGUGUUAUCAUAAAAAAUAUAUAUGCGGGCUUAUUAAUAUUAAUGGUGUUUUUUCCAUUUAUAUUAACGCAAAGAGAUCGACGUCUCACCUAUGACGAAAUCUAUAACAACACAGCCUACGCCCAAAUUCGACCGUUACAAAGGAUAUACCAGAUUCACAACUCAAGAAAUGCAGUGAGAAGCAGAGAGAAGUUGGCAUAUCGAAGUAGAACCAGGCCUCAAUUGUUAGUGGGUACCUCGCAUGACCCGUUCCGGUAUUCAAUUCCCGAGGCUGAUUACUUAAAAGGAGUCAGGGUUAUAGAACCACCAGCCUCUAUGAACAAUAGUGAGCGCGCUAAGCGUGGAGUACUGCACCUGUACAACAUGCUGACAUGUGCGACCGGCUGCGAUCCAGUGACUUAUAAGGGUUAUGGAUGUUACUGCGGCAUCGGAGGCACGGGGAGACCUAUGGAUGGCAUCGACAACUGCUGCAAGAUCCACGAUGAAUGCUACGACAAUAUUAGAUGCGCUUUCUACACGGUGUACUUCCAGCCUUACUACUGGACGUGCUUCAACAACGAACCUCUCUGUGCCCUCGAGAACCAUCUGACCAGACACCAGUACAUCAACGGCUGUGCUGGCCGCUUGUGUGAGUGCGACAGAAGGUUCGCGAUGUGCGUCAAGCAAUAUACCUGUCCUAUUGGUAGACCGCUGUGUACAUCGUCGCCUUUUAGAUUUUUGCAGAAUGUUUUAAUUGGGCCUUGAUUUGUUUGGGACAUUCUCGGAGCCAGCUAUCUGUAACGUUAACAUUCGAUACUGCAAAUGUGAUAAAAAAUUAACGCCCUUUAGAUCUUUAUUACAUCUCUAGUCACAAAUAUAUCUUAGUAUGAUGUUUCGCCAUCUGACGGUACAUCUUCAGGUACAGGUGACUCAAUAACAGUUGACUGUAUUUCAUGUAAUGCUCUUGCCAAUACCGUUUCGUGUAGAAACCGUGGCAACUGAACAAAAGAGUAAGAUUUAAGAUGUAUGCUUAAAUUACAUCAGACAUGUAAGUUAUUCUAAAAACAAAAGGGUUAUUGUGAAAACAUAUUAUUAGAUAAGGAAAUUGUUAAUAAAAUUUAUUAAUUUUUAUUUUCUACUUUAAACACAACAUUCAUGGUUAAUGAACGAAACACACACAAAACUAAAAUUACCUACAUAGCCCAAAUGACUGCGAAACUUAGGCAGGGCACAUAGCCCGACGUUCAGAUGGCCGUUGGGGCAGUCCUCGAAUGGCGACCACGUACCGGAAGACGUAGUGCUGGUCGACCCCCCACAAGAUGGAACGACGAUCUGAUCAAGAUCGCCGCAAUACGUUGGAUGAGCGCAGCGCAGGACCGAUCGUCGUGGAGAUCUUUGGGAAAGGCCUUUGUCCAGCAGUGGACGUCUUCCGGCUGCUAUAAUGAAUGUUGUGUUUUAAACAUUUUAAUUAUUAAGUGAACAUAGAAGUAAUACAAUUUAAUUCACAAGAAUGUAAGAAUAAAAACGUGGAAGUGGGCCAAGAGUACUGGCAGCAUUUAUACGUUAGCGAGCCAGGCUGAUCCGAUGGCCGAAAUAACAGUCAGCGCUUGGGUUUCUUUAUUGAGGAACCUUCUCUGGCUUCACAGGACAAGUACAUCAACACAUACAUUUAAGACCCAAUGAGAUCGACUUCAUCAGUCGAUGGCAUCACUUGCGGUGAUGUCGUGGGCCGGUCCGCCACCGUCCCUCAAAUAUGUGCGAAGGGAAUGAAGGGAAUGUGGUCCAUGCGUCAACUCAUGAACGGGUACUGCUUGUGCUGUUAAUAAAUCAUUGUAUAUUUUGUUGGACGCGAUUAUUAAUUAUGACAGUAAUCACGACCAUCAUAUUCACGAAGCAUCUUUUUUUUACAAAUAAUUUAAUUACAAAUAAUAACGUUACGAUAUUUAAUUGUUAAUUUCUACGUACAAAUAUUACAACACAUCAAAGAUAAUAAGGGAUUAAAAAAAUAAACUUUAAUUUAGCUUAUAAGUUUGACAGAUCUGUUACGAUAUCUUUGCAUAGAAUAUAAAUUUUAAAUGUAUCUAAGUUGAUUUUGUAAGAGUAUGCAUCAUCAUUUGAGUGUGUUUUAGUAGUUACCACAAUAACUGGUCUUAUGUAAGAAAUCGUUAAUGUAUCAUAGCACACAAAGUGAAUAUUAUUAGUAAUUGAAACAAAAAAAAUGUUUUGUUGAUGAGAAUUUAUAGGUUAAGUACGUAAAAUUUUCAUUAGUCAAGAUAUUGAUCAAAAUAAAUAUAAUAUUUUUAAA